UUACGUUAAUGUUUAUACAAACAACUUCCUGUUGUGGGCUCUGGUGCUGCGACCAGUGUUUUGAAUAGAAAGCGCCUCAGCUGAUUUAAAACAGGAUGGCAGAGAAGGCAGACACCGGUGUUUCUUCACGUUUGGAGAGGAAAGCGUUGCAAAAGACCAAAAUACUGCAGCGAGAAAGCGAGAGGAAGAUAUUUAGACUGGUGCGACGGGUCCUGAAGAAGCCGGAGGCCGAGCGGUCGGCGGAUGAGGCCGCUGUGUUACUGCUGCACAAAGAGACUGUGGAGGAACUGUGCAAGAGACAAGUCCGCAGAAAUGUGCUCAAGAGGAAACAGGACGAGGUAUUUGAUGAUGCUGAGGAGCUAAAAAGUAAAGUCAGGCAGCUCGCUGUGGCAGUCAAACAAGCAAAACACCUGGUGGUUUACACUGGGGCUGGUAUCAGUACGGCAGCUUCUAUCCCAGACUACAGGGGCCCUAAUGGGGUUUGGACCCAGCUACAGAAAGGACGGACAGUCAGUUCAUCUGACCUGAGUAAAGCUGAACCGACCCUAACGCACAUGUGUAUUAGGAUGCUACAUAAAGAAGACCUGGUAAAGCAUGUUGUUUCUCAAAACUGUGAUGGACUUCACUUGCGUAGCGAUCUACCCAGACAAGCUCUGUCUGAGCUCCAUGGGAACAUGUUUAUUGAGGUGUGUACAUCCUGUUCCCCAGUCAGGGAGUACGUGCGUUUGUUUGACGUGACAGAGCGGACGUCGCUGCACCGACACGGUACAGGCCGCAGAUGCAGCCACUGUGGUGGCGAACUCAGGGACACCAUAGUGCACUUUGGGGAACGUGGGACUUUGGAGCAACCUCUAAACUGGAAGGGAGCUGCAGAGGCUGCCAAGAUGGCGGACGUUAUCCUCUGCUUAGGCUCCAGUCUGAAGGUGCUGAAGAAAUAUGCUUGUCUGUGGGCCAUGAACAGACCCGCAAGCAAAAGGCCCAAACUCUACAUUGUCAACCUCCAGUGGACGCCAAAAGACGACCUGGCAGUGCUGAAAAUUCAUGGCAAGUGCGAUGAUGUCAUGCGCCUCCUAAUGGACGAGCUGAACAUUCAGAUUCCUGCUUAUGACAGGGCGAAAGACCCCAUCUUCAGUCUAGCCACACCUUUGCAACCAGAGGAGGUCAACAGCUGCACUCGUGAGGUCAUAGCUCCCCCUAAUGGGCAGGAGGGCUGCUCACCUGAGCCUGGGGAGCAGACAGAAGAAGCCACAGCCGUGCAGGGCGGCUGGUUUGGGCGAGGCUAUGGCAAAGGAAGGAAGAAGAAAAAACCUGCUUAAUACAAGCAGCUUUAUUGAUUUAUUGAUGCAUAUGGUGUUGUUGGACUUUCAACUUUAGGGUGCUGUUCUUUGUAUUGAUAUCAUUAAGAGUGUGUGUGUGUGUGUGCAUGUGUGCAUGCGUGCGUGUGUAAAACAGGAAAAAUAAGGUCAAGUAUUUGCCAUUUGAAAAUGGCACUUUGCACCAUGAACAUCUUUUUCGUACAACAUUCAUAUUUUUAGCAACAGCAAAAUCUUUGAGUUAUGCUACCUUUUAAGAUGGCUGUUGUUGAUAGAGGUUAUUAUUACCCUUUUGAAGGUGGGAUAGCCUGCAAAGCAAA